AUUAUCAUCAAUUCAUGGUAUGCUACAGUACCAGUUUUAGCUCAUCGGAGAUGUGCAUGAUUACCUAAUAUUUGUGACCAACAAAUCUGGAUCCAAUCUUCAUGAGAGCUACUUCGAUUAGACCUCUAUCUUGCCUUUAAAGUGACCUUCCAACAAAAAUGGCAAGAUCUGGAGCAACCCACAUCAACAAAAGUAAUUUUCUAGAAGGGAACCACUCCCAGAUCUGUACAGAAGUCCCCAGAAUCACCAGCAUGUGUACAUCAAGAUAACAAAGUUUUAAAUAAUUAAGAACAUUUGAAAAAGAGUAGAACUGCAGAAUCCUCUUUUAUAAACUACAUGAACACCUAUAGGUUGUGUCAGACGACGAUCUUGCCAAGAUGGUGAAACUGACUAUAGAUCUGAUUGCCCGUUCGUCCGCAAGCGCACGGAAGAAGAAAGACGAGGGGUUGUCAACGUAUCUCAAGAAACUGACGCAUCUCUACUUCUCCGAGAAGAGCAUUGACGAGAUCGAUGAUCUCUCUCAGUGUCGCAGCCUCUCCGUCCUCUAUCUCUACGAUAACAACAUCUCAGUGAUCAAGAAUCUUGGCUUUGCUGGAAAUCUCACUCAUCUCUAUCUUCAGAACAACCAGAUUACCAGAUUGGAAAAUCUUACUCCUCUACACAAACUAUCUAAAUUAUAUGUUGGAGGCAAUAAAAUAGCAGUCUUAGAGGGUCUGGAGAAGUUACAGGAGUUGAAAGAACUUCAUAUGGAGCACCAAAGGUUACCUUCGGGGGAACGGUUACUGUUCGAACCAAGGACGCUGGUAGCAUUAUCGAUGGGCCUCCAAGUGUUGAACAUAAGCGGCAACGGCCUGGACGACAUCUCGGAGCUGGGCAUCCUGCGUAACAUCAUGCAGUUUGUGGCGUCGGACAACAAGCUCCGGGACAUGAGGGCACUCUCCGCUCUCAUCGGCUCCUGGCCCAAGAUCUGGAGGCUGGAGCUGGUGGGCAACCCCGUCUGCAACAAGGCAAAGUACAGGGACAGAGUGAUCGUCAUGAACAGUAAAUUGGCUAUUUUGGAUGGAAGAGAAGUCAGUGAUACAGAGAAGAACUUCUUGAUGAGCUGGAAGGAAGCGAAAGACGCUAAGAAACGGCAACGGAUAGAAGAUGCCACUAGGAUCAUGGAGAGCAAUCAAGAAUACAUUAUGCAACCACAACGUGAGCUUCCCCCUGUCUUGCCACCCAAUGGCUCCCGCUGGAAUCGGACGGCCGCCCUAAACAAGGUCUACAUGAUGCCCGGCAUGGUCGGGGGCAAGAAGAAGUUUGAUGCGGUGGUGGCCAAGUCCCACAUGCCUGCCUCAGCCCCUCAUGGAACCAGAACGAACCCCCUGGAUAGCCUCACCCUUGGUCGAAAGAGCUAUACAGAUUUAGAACGACCAUCCAGAAAUAUGCCGAUACCUCCGCAACCUCCAGUCUUCCUGCCAGAUGAGCACGGCAUGAAUGGCUAUCCGAAUGGAGAACCAGACUUUAAUCUAACUGGACACGUCAUUUCCAUCUCCUAAAACACCCCUGCUAUCACGUAAUGGACUCUUCGAGCUCACUGAAAUAGGCAUUGGUGUUGGAACAAUCUAUUGUGAACAGAGGGAAUAUUUUUGCCUCGGUGAAACCUGAUGUAUCAAUAACCUAAUUUUACGCAUGGCAUCUUCAUCCUGUGAAACACCCCUAUCUUAAAAUGGACUCUUCCAUUAUACACUGAAAUAGCUUCAGGUGCUGGAGCAGUCUAUUGUUAAUAGAGGGGAGCUGAUUGCAGAAGUCAACCUGAUGGAUUGGCUACCUUAUCUUACGCAUGUCAUCUUCAUGCUGUGAAACACCCCUAGUAUCUAAUAGUUGACUCUUCCAGCUCACUGAAAUAGACUCAGGUAUAGGAGUAGUCUAUUGUGAAUGGAGGGGGCAUUUGCCAGGGCUUAGUAAAAGUUGAUGAAUUGGCAAUGUCAUGACCCUACGCAUUAUCUUCAUUCUUUGAAACACCCCUGCUAUCACGUAAUGGAUUAUUCCAGUAUACUUUAUCAUUGCGUGGUGUAGUAACAGUCUUUUGUGAACAAAGGGUGUACUCUUUGCAGUACUGGAUUGUGAUGCAGUGAUAUUAACUUGAUGUUUGAUAUACAUUAUAUCUUCAUCUUCUGAAAGACCCUGCUAUUACAUAAUGGAACCUUCCACACUGAAAUAGUUUUUGGCGUUGGACCAAGGGAAUUUGAAUAAAGGAGUGGGAAAGAGGAGAGUAUUUCUUACCUUUUGCAUGAGUGUUUUAAGAUGCAUCUUAAACUUCUUACAGGACAAGUGAUGUCCAACUUCAGAAACACCCCCACUUUACCUAAAUGGACUAUCCCAGUGCACUGAAAUGUUGUUUAGCUGUGGUGUAGUCUAUUAUGAAAAGAGGGAGUAAUAUCUUGCACAAGUGCUGUAAAAACUUGGCACACAUUUUGUGGAUCAGAGCCCUGUUUCAUAAAACCUGUUAUCAAUAACAAACUACAUUAACUGUUCUAAGCUACUGAAAUCAUGGCAUUUGAUUGGCUGACAGCAAAUUAGUCAUAGAAAGUCAGCAUUUGUUAUUAACAAUAAGUUUCAUGAAACGGGGCCCAGAUUUUGCUGUGAUCAUGGCGACAUUGUGAUAUAAAAGCAAGGCUGGUAUUCUGAGCAUGAUUUUAUCUCUUAUGUAUUUUAUUUUAUCUUUGAAAAAUAACCAGUGUUCCGAGACCACUUUUUAUCUCCAAUUUCGUCUUUCAAUUGUAUGAUACUGUCUUACUUCUUGCAUGUCCGUUUCAAUUAUAUGCGAAAAUAAUAUCAAUAGCAAUUAUAAUUCUUCUCCAAAACCAAACUUCACACUCAUACAUUCUCCAGAAGGAAAGGCCAUGCUUUCAGUAGUCAAGAAUAAGACGAUGACUUGGCAUUUUUUUUUCCCCCUUUUUUUCCCCCUUUUUUUUGUGUGCUAUCGUUGCUACAUGCUGGAAUUGUACACCCAUUAAUUGGGAACUCCACCAUGUCCUGCGUAAGCAAACUGUGAUGCAUUGCACAUAGAAAGUCCCUAAGGAUUGCCUUUAAUGUCAACAUAUUUAAUUGCUUGUAAUUUGUUCCUUGAAUUGCUCAAAGACAAUGUGUAUUCCGUCCAUGUAACUCAGUGAAAUAUCAAGAUAAAACUGGCAAGAAUAGGUUCUGCUACUUGUAACAGAAGUUUUUAUAUAUGUUUAUGUUAUGAUUACAUAGUAAUGCCUUAUAUUAACUUCGGUUUUGUUUGCAAUAUUGACAGUAUUUGUUAUGUCUUGAGGAAAUUCAGCACUAUGUUCUAUUUGGAUGGGUCUUUUGUACAUAUUGCUUCUUUUUUUCCCCAAAAAAUCUACUGCAAUUAAAGAUUCAUUUAUAUAAAUUCUGCAAUGUUGAUUCAUUGUAGUGUUCCAAUAUUCAGAUAAAUUGGAAUUGAUUGUUUAUACUGAUGUUCUGUAAAUUUUAUGACAAGGUGUUAAAUUAUUUGAAUUUUGUAAAAGUUAGACUAUCUUUAUCUGUAUAUUGGUGACUCACAUUGGUUUUUCUAUAAUAUAAUGCUGUACUUGAUUUGUGAUAAAUAUGUCUGUCUUAAUUUGACCCACUUAUUCAACAAACUUCUUUCAAAGAGAAAUUAACCAUUUAAGUUGGCUUAGGUUGAAACAGUAAAUCUGAGAAUACAAGAUAAUGAACCUUUUUUGAAAAUGUUGAGCUAUGCUAGUGUGAUGCCAUUCUUGAAGAUAUUUCCCAUUUCUUUAUAAUUCAAAAUUGUUUAAAGUAGCUCUUUUCUUAGCUGUUGCAAUGUAACUGAUUCUGACAUUCUUUGAUAGGAGUAUGUAUAAAGAUAUAAUCUUAUCAGAGCCUGAUUGAUGUUAAAUCUUUAAAAGUAUAUGAGUUUUAUAAUGCCUUCAGACUCCAAACUGAUGAUAUAAAUAUCCCCCAAUGAUUCAUAGAAAAUAGCAAAUAGAAAAUUUCCCAUUUACAUGUAUGAUAUUACCUACCGGUUUAUAACCAAAUAGGCAUUGAAAGAUUUUCCAAACUGGUAAUGGUCUUAACUUGAAAAUGUAUAACUUUCAUAUUUGUCUGAUUUUCUCAAACUAUAGAACCAUUGUGUUUUCUCUGAUUUCUCUACUUUUACUCAAAUCUCUUUUUGUUUGAAUGAAGUUUUAAUGUCCAUAUGAA